AUGGAUUUACCUGAGGAGGAGGGAGAUGAAGAUGUCACUGCCGGUGCAUCUUUUACUCUUCAUGGCAAUUUCAAAAUAUUUGCUCGUGCAAUUUUGGCAUUGAAUCGUGUUGGCAAUGAACUAUACAUGGAACCAAGCGAUUUCGGUCUUGUUUUACGAUCAUUAAGCUGUUCGAAAUCAGCCUUUGGUAGUUUUAUGUUUUCCAAAUCAUUCUUUAGUGAAUGUGAUGUGUUGAGACUUGAUUCGAACGCUUACAAUGUCUGCCGAAUUCCGAUGAAGUGUGCGUUAUCAGCCUUCAAGUGUGUAAAAAAUUCUGAAAAAGCAGUUCUUUCCUGUCAGCUUUAUCUCAAUCCUCGUGCUGAUACCAUGCUUAUUCAACUCACGCAUACAUAUGAUGUUAUGAGGAAUCAUAAAAUACCGUUCUUCGAGUGCACUACCAUGUUUCGAACUGUUGUUGACAAAGCAAAUUUGAAUAACUGUUUUGUGAUACAAGCAAGAUUCUUGCUCGAUAUGUUCAAUCGGAUGCAUCACAGCACAGAUGAAAUUUCAAUUGAUGCUAAAAUUGAAGAAAUAUCAUUCAGGAAUUAUAUUACACACGAACAAGAUAGAGAUAUGGUUAUGAAAACCGAAGGAAAAAUUCCAAUUUCUGAAUUUCAAAAGUAUAGUAUCCAACGACCGGCCGAAAUCACUGUGAAUUUAAAGGAACUGAAAGCUAUCGUGAACUUUGCUGAUGUUCAUCAGUCACCUGUCAGUAUUUAUUUUGACCAGCCAGGAACACCGAUAGUAAUAGCUUUGGAAGAUGAUGUCAACUACACAGCUGAAGUAAUACUUGCAACAGCUGUGGAUGAUGUCGCAGGUUAUAACGUAAAUUCCGAAAUUCCUGUCGAAAUCGUUCAUGUCCCAGCUCGCGAAGGACAGCUUAAGCGGAAGCGAAGUCAGUCUUUGUUAAAUGCUCAUCUUUCGGAAAAUUUGGUAGCAGAUUGUACGGUAGCAAGAAAAACAUCAAGUACCAAAAGUAAUGAUGCUAAUGAACCGUUCAAUGGAUUAGAGAACAUGGAUUUUGUUAUUGGUCCUCCAUGCGCAGCGUCUUCUCCCGUCAGAAAAAGAGGAGAUGGUACAAUGGAAGAGAAUCUAAAACUGCAAGAUGAUGUAAUGAACACUGGGAAUAUUGUGAGAGAAACUUCAAGAACGAAUGCCGGUGUUGAUGGUGUUGGAAGAUCUGGAUCAGAAAGUCCACCUUCCCAAGGUCCAGCUCUAUUUCGUUAUUUAUUUUCACUUGAUGAUCCAACGUUUGAUUCAGCAGAAUUUUUCCGCGAUGCAGAAGUUUUGGCAUCAGAUUCAGGUUCGGAAACUUCAAAUCCACGUCCUGAGCAAUAUAUUUUUGAUUCUGACUCAGAACGCAACACUUAA